AUGCCAGGGAUACACCAUUCCAAGUUCUACUGGCCUCGCACCGCUCCGACGCACGGCCGCUAUACUUCUUCGCCAGCGAUUCCACAGCCACGGGUGGUUGGCGUGAAGGCGAAGGCUAAUUCCGCUUCAAACUUCAGUUAUCCCGGGUCCGGCGAACGAGAACGUGGUCCAACAAGGCUCCCGGCCGUCGCUCGGACGGACGAUGUAAUGGCUUGGUCGACUCGCUACGACAGGCCGAGAAUGAUGCACGAAUGGAUGUGCGACGACAGUGUAGGGGUCUCUCGGCAUCUGCUCAUGCUGAGGGUAGGAGCUCGUAGCCUGCCGUUCGUCAUGCGCACAUGCAUCCUCGGCAACGACGGACGUGGUACUCGCAACGAAGAGGAGGUUGUUACACCGGAAGACGUAGAUGGGCGGGAAUCUCGUGCUAUUCAGCGAGCAGAGACGACUAUGAAUGCGAGUGAGCUCGUCUCGCGGGCAAUCAAUGGCUCGAUCGAUUUACUAUCUACUGUGCGGGAGAAUACACCAGAUGUGCGACGACAGUAUCCUAUGGAGCGAUCGACCCACCUGACAACGCCGCACGCGCGAUACCAAUACUCGUUCCGACUGCGGUACGGCAUCACCUGCGGGAGUGAUGGUGGCUCUGGCGACUCACUGUACAUCUCGGAAGGACAUUCCGCGGUGUCCGGUCAAGGGAACAAACGCAGACAUGAAGCUGCGAUCGAACGGCCGAUAGCACCCGCGUGGAAGCCGGGGUCAGAACUCGACGAUUGUCUUUGUUUCUUCAACCUCGCCUACUGUCCGACUGCCCGACGCGACAUCAGUUCCGCUCACUCUGACGACGUGUUUCACGUGGGCAUCACUACCUCAUUACGCAGUCAGAUGUCACGGAUAAGCUGCAUGAAAGACAUGGUUAUCCACAAUGAUAUGAUCAGUGUUUCUCCGUUCCGACUGUCGGCCGUCAGCAUGCUCAAACGGUUCCUGAGAGGUCAUGUCAUCAAGUCCCUCGUCGAUGUAGUACACCGCGACCUACAUGAAGGCGUGGCGAGAGAGUCGCUCGAGAUCCUCAGUAGGUGUCAUCAGAAUUUCAUGAAGGGAAUGGUGCCCGUCCUCUCCGAGCUUGAAGUUCGAUUGGCUGGCACGAGCAGGAUCCCAGUCGCGCACCCUGCCGCGCAACGAAUCGGGACUGUACGGCCUACACAACAUACGCACCAUCGACCGUGCGGUACCAACAACAUUGACAGCGUCGGACUCCUCGAGGACUGGACGGCGACGUACGACGAGCAGGAGAGGCGUCGUGCGAGUCGGAGUGACGUCGUGAUGCUCGCCAGCUCACGCCCAAGCGAAGUCGCUACCAACCGAGCGGGUGAUGUCCCUGAGCGCGGAUGGCUUGCGACGAGACAUUGUUCCGGGGAGAAGAGACCCUCUCCUGUAGCCACCGAGACGAAGCAAGCCGUGGCGAGAUUCGAAGCGAAGGGUCAUCGAGCGCCGUCGCUCGAUCACCCACAAUCACAGUGCCAAGGUCAGAGUCUUCUGGAAUGCCGUGUACGGAUCGAUUUCACACGGUUACAUGGCCGCAUUUUCAGUGACAUUCGGAGGCUGUGCAUUGCGAGGUGGCGGAAGUUCUCCCGGCUCCAGAGACGGCCAUUCCGGGAAGCGGAGAGCUGA